AUGUCAGGUGCGGAUGAUAUACAGAGUAUUCAGACAGAUGAUAAUAUAGCGAUAAUUUCUUCCGAUGCUGCUAUUGUAUCAAAGACCGACCUACAUAGUGAAAAACCAGAAUCUACAAAAACAACAACAAUGAAGAUGGCUAAUGAAUUGAAGGAAGAAAUUAAAGAUUCCACAAUGGACAUAACAGAGGAUCCAAUAAUAACUCAAGUAUUGGACUCUAACAUUCUCCCAGACCAAAACUCCUCGAAAUCAAGUGAGACAGAUAAUACAAUUGGUGUACUUAAUGUUGAAGAUCCAAAUUUUACAAAUUUGUUGAAGACCAAUUCGAGCCCUAACGGGAUCAUAAAUGGAAAUCAAGAAGAAAAUGUUUUAAAUGUUGACGACAAUGAUGCUACUACUUCUCAGUUUGCAAGCGAACCACUUCCAAGCUCAUUCCCUACUUCGGGAUCGACACCAGCAGCUGCUAAACCAACGAAAGAGCCACUGGCUGAUUCGCACUCUAAUCCUCACCCUGUGAGCACUUCAGAUGAGAAAGUUUCUGCUUCUGCUGGGCUGAUAUCUACGCUAGAUAAUAAAUCAGUAGCAAAUGGCACUACCUCAAUAUCUAAUUCUCCCUCGGCUUCUGCCUCAAAUACUGUUGCAGGUAAUAUAUCAACCUCAAGUUCCAUCGAGGCAAGCUCUGGAAUAUCAGUCUCUUUGGCAUCAAAUCUCAGUAAGGAUACUGCUGCUACUUCCACUGAGGUCCCAAUUACAGCACAUACAACACAUACAGCACAUACAGGCGUCGCAACUUUAAAUAUGCAAGCUCUCGCUCCUUCUAAUACUAACGACCAGCCUAUCCAGGAUUUCAAGACUGAAACAUCUGUCAAAGCAUCACCUACUUCAGUUCAGUCAACGACUAUAAACCAACCAACUUCUUCUACAUCAUCUGCUUAUAAUGGUAAUGAUUAUCUCCAUAAAAAGCAGAAACUCGACUAUUCAGUUCCCACCGCCACAACUCCUAAUGCACCAUUUAAUCAGAGCACUUACAAGCCAGCGACACCGCCAUAUCCUCCAAAUUCUUAUCCAUAUAAACCUUCACAGCAGCAGCAGAUUCACCUGCCUGCGUUCACAUCGCCACCUCUUCCUCCAUCUGCAUCUUCAGCACCGCCUUAUCCAGUAGUUCCACUGAACAAAAAGAGACUUGUAAUACUAUAUGAUAAGCUCCGGUUCCAGCAUUCAAAACAGCAACUAGAGGAUUUACAAAAAGUAACCCCGGUAGAUUUGUUAACUAUAAUUGAACUUCGUGAACUUGAGGCCAAGAAAGUUGAAGUUGAAACUGCAAACCCUAAUUUCCAGUACUUGAACAUUUGCAUUGAAUUUAAUGAUGAAUUUGAAAGUAAUCUAAAUCUCUUGAGUGACUUCUUGGAGUCCAAUCCCAAAAUAUUGGUGAAAAUUCCAGAUAUUGCGUACCAUAUUCACUUUGAUUAUGAUAAAAGUUGGCUGGAUGUGAAAAGUUUUGAAAAAGAAGCAUAUUCAAGAUUUUUAAAUGUAUUAAACGAAGUUGCUGGUAAACAAGUAGUUCAGUGUUCCAUAAUCAAUAAGUAUGAACUAAAGACAAUUUAUUUAACUGAAAGGAACGACCUUCAAGUGCUAGGUCAAGAAAUCCAAGAGGAUAUAUCCAAAUGGACAAACUUAAAAGUAUGUGACUACGGUGAAAACUUUAUACGAUUCUUCCCAGGUGUGAAGUUUCCUGACGGAUUGGAAACAUUGAACAUUGGGGGAGGCUAUUCCUUGGAGACAUUAUCUGGCUUCAAGAUACCUUCUAGACUUAAGACCCUCAUUGCAAGCAAAGGAUGCAUAACGAGCAUUGAUAAUGUUACAUUCCCACCUUCUUUGGAAAGAUUAGACCUUGUCGAUAAUAAAAUUUAUUUUCUAAAUUAUGUUCAACUACCCCCAAAUCUAGUUAGUUUGGACAUUUCUCAGAAUAGGGUUGAUAAUUUGAGAGGUGUGGUCUUUCCUAGAAACUUAAAGUCAUUGUCUUUAGCGGCCAACCCAAUCGAAUGUAUAAAAGGUGCAAAAUUUCCUGAAUCUUUAGACUACUUGGAUCUUUCAUUUUUGCCAAAUGAAUCUAUGACAGGACUUAAAUUCCCAGACCUGUUGAAAGAAUUGAACUUGCAGCAAUCAAUGACAAACACUAGAGGUCUCAAAUUGCCUGCUAGACUUUUGAGUUUAAACUUAGCUCAAAAUGGCGUAAACAGUAUAAACCCAUUAAAGUUGCCCAACUCUAUCCAAAGUUUGCACUUGGGCAAAAACAAUAUCAAAACUUUGAAUAAAGUUUCUUUUCCAAUGCAAUUAAGAGAAUUGUAUUUGGGAGAUAAUCUUAUUACCACAUUAAAAAACAUCCAGUUCCCAUUGAGUUUAGAAAUUUUGGAUAUGGAUAUGGACCCAGAAUGGGAAGAGCACGAGAAAUAUAUAACUACUUUGAAGGACGUUGUGUUCCCACCAAAUUUGAAAGUAUUGAAGUUACGAGGUCAUAAGAUAAAAUCUUUGGAGUCAUUCGAGUUCCCUUUCUACUUGGAACAUUUAUGCUUGGCAUACAAUGAACUUAAGAUUGUAAGGAACAUCAAAUUUGGUAGAAACUUGAAAAUUUUGGAUUUGAGUGGUAAUAACGAAUUAGCGGGCAUAGACAUGUUCUAUAUACCUGAGUCAGUUAUAGAUCUUAGGAUUGCAGAGCACCAAGUCUCACAGCUUCCUGGGUACGUCAUCGAGAGAGCUAAUCUGAAGCAAUUGACGAUAAGUGUCUCGCCAUGGAGAGGAUACGGUCAUCAUUCCAUCGACAUUCAUAACCCACAACAUUAG